CUUAUCGAUUAAAAUGACUAUACUGAUAAUAGUCCGCCGCUUCAUCUCCCGCCCCCCUCUCUCUCUCCGCCGCCGACCAUCCAUGGCGUAGAUCUGCUUGACAUUCUGGAAAUGUAAGGAGCUCUCAGCAUAAUUGCCAGAUAAACAUGCUUGCUCAGAAACCAGUACACACCUGGGUUCAGAGAUGCGCUUAUGCAGUUAGAGCUUUCAGUAAUAUAUGGCAUGGAGAUGACGUCGUUGGCAUUGACUUUGGUACUUCCAAAUCACGUUUGGCUAUCAUGGAUGCAGAGGUUCCAACACUGCUUGAGACUGAAAGUGGAGAAGCUAUUCCAUCCUUCGUUGCAAUUGAUGAUGAGAAGAAAAUACUGGUCGGUCAAGUUGCAAAUUACCAUGCCAUAGGAUACCCUGCAGACAGUUUUUUCAAUAUCAAGACUUUGUUGGGGAGGAAAUUUCAGGACUCACAAAUACAAGAGUUGAAGACCAAGGUUCCCUUCAAGAUUAUUGAGGGAUCUAAUGGCGAAGCUUGGGUAGAAGCAUGUAAUGAACAAUUCUCUCCAACUAAACUUUGUGCAUUCAUCAUUGACAAGAUGAAAAGGAUGGCUGAGUCAUAUCUUGGGCGAAGCGUCUCAAAAGCUGUAAUAGCUGCUCCAAUUUACUUCAAUGAUGCCCAAAAAAAAGAACUAGAGUUGGCUGGAAAAAUUGCAGGUCUGGAUGUGCUUGGAAUUGUUGAUGAGCCGGUUGUUGCUGCUCUCUCCUCCAAGAACAUAGAUGGUGGUGUUUUUGCAGUUUUCAGUUUGGGUGGUGGAACAUUCAAUAUCUCAAUCCUUGAGAUCUCUGCUGGAGUUAUCAAGGUUAAAGCUAAGGAGUCUGAUUCAUCACUGAGGGGUGAGGAUUUUGACCUUGUUUUAGUGGAGUACAUGGUUGAAGAGAUUAGGAAGGUUUAUUCUGUGGAUGUCUCUGGAGACAGAGUAGCUAUGGGGAGGCUGAAGGAGGCUGCAGAGAAGGCAAAGUUGGAACUCUCAUCCUCUUGUGAGACUUGGAUUGAUCUCCCUUACCUCACAGGAUCUGAAUGUGGCCCAGUACAUUUGAACAUGACACUUCCAGUCUCAAAAUUUGAGGAACUAGUGGAGUUCCUGAUUGAGAGAAUAAGAAAACUAUGCCAGAAAUGUUUGGAAGCAGCACAUGUAGAUGAGCAGGGGAUUGAUGAAGUCAUAUUGGUCGGUGGGAUGGCAAGGGUUCGUCAGGUACAACACAUUGUUGAAGAAAUUUUUUUGAAAUCUCCUUGCAUGCAAGUGAACCCAGAAGAGGCUGUGGCUAUUGGUGCUCUCUUACAAGGUGCUCUCAUUAUUGAAGAUCGAAGGAAGCUGUCCGGUCACUUGAUUCCACUGUCUCUUGGGAUUGAGACCUUGGGGGGAGGAUUUGCAAGGAUUAUUGAGAGACACAGUGUGAUCCCUUGCACGGCAAGCCAAAACAUUGCGUCACCAUUGGACUAUCCCGAUAGUCUUUACAUUCGCAUUUUACAGGGUGAGCACCAGAUAGCUUCAAAGAAUGAUCUUCUUGGAGAACUUAAGGUGACUGGCAUUCCGCGUGCACCAUGCGGUGUGGUUAGUAUUAAGUUGGACUUUUGUGUUGAUAAAAAAGGUUUUCUCACUGUCUUAGCCAAGAGCAAGGAUACAGAUUUGGAGUGGUCCAUGGAAAUUAAUUAUUUAGAUAAAAUCAGUGAGGAUUAUGUUCGGAUGACGGCUAAAAAGGCAAUACUCUCUGGGAAAAGGAAUGUUGAGAAGAAUGCUUUGAUGCAACUCAAAAGUGUGACCGAAUUAAAUAUCAAUCGGAUUGAAAAGAUGCUAAAGUUCUGGAGAAAGCAAAUUCCACGGGUAUAUUUGGAAAAAUAUGAGCGCGACUUGGCUGGCUUGAAAAAGGCCAAGGACCUUGAAGAUAUUGUAUUGCUAAACUCAAUGCUUGCUGAAGUUGAACAGUUAGAAGAAUUUUUAAUUACGCUUGAUCCGGGCUACCUAAUUCCGGACGACAGUGAUGAUGAAAGAUAA